GCGGCGGCGGCUGCGCGCUGCGGUUCUGCGCUCUCAUCAUGGCGGCGGCGGCGGCGCGGGGCCAUGUGCAGGACCCCAACGACCGGCGCCUGCGGCCCAUCUACGAUUAUCUUGAUAAUGGCAAUAAUAAAAUGGCAAUCCAGCAAGCAGACAAACUGCUAAAAAAACACAAAGAUCUUCACUGUGCUAAGGUUCUGAAAGCCAUCGGCCUGCAAAGGACCGGCAGACAAGACGAAGCGUUCGCUUUGGCACAAGAGGUAGCAGCCCUUGAACCCAUAGAUGACAAUUCCUUGCAGGCGCUGACUAUCCUUUAUCGAGAAAUGCAUCGGCCGGAGCUGGUCACAAAACUCUAUGAGGCAGCUGUGAAGAAAGUUCCCAACAGUGAAGAGUAUCACUCGCAUCUCUUCAUGGCGUACGCAAGAGUCGGAGAAUAUAAGAAGAUGCAGCAGGCUGGGAUGGCACUUUAUAAGAUCGUCCCCAAAAACCCAUACUACUUUUGGUCCGUGAUGAGCUUAAUAAUGCAGUCAAUAUCUGCGCAGGAUGAAAAGCUCUCAAAAACCAUGUUUUUACCCCUAGCUGAAAGGAUGGUAGAAAAAAUGGUGAAAGAAGAUAAAAUCGAAGCUGAAGCAGAAGUUGAACUUUACUACAUGAUUCUGGAACGCUUGGAGAAAUACCAAGAAGCUCUGGAUGUUGUGAGGGGAAAAUUAGGAGACAAGUUAACCAGCGCACUCCAGAGCAGAGAAAAUAAGUGCAUGGAGAUGUACAGAAAACUGGGCAAGUGGCCAGAGUGCAAUGCGCUGUCGAAAAAGCUUCUGCUUAAAAACCCAGAUGAUUGGCAAUUCUACAUGAUCUACUUUGAUUCCCUCUUUCAGUUGAUUGGCAUGGCCUGGACGCCUCCAGCUGAAGGAGAGCAUUCUCUGGAAGGAGACGUGCAUCACAGCGUGGAGCAAGCUGUCGCUUUCAUAGAGCAGAGGCUAAUUCAAGAGUCCAACAGCGCCCGCCCGCUUCGGGGGCCGUACCUUGCCCGCCUGGAGCUGAUCAGCCGCUUGCGGCACAGAGGCCACGGCGAAGAAGGCAAACUGGGCAAUCCAGAAGAACUCAUGUUCCAGUAUUUCAAGAUGUUUGGGGAUAAGCCUUGCUGCUUUACCGAUCUCAAGGUGUUUGUAGACCUCCUUCCAUCAACGCAAUACACAAAGUUCAUCAACCAGUUGUUGGGGGUCAUCCCCCUUUCAGCCCCACCAGAAGGCAAACUGGCACUACCGGCUAAUAUCAAAGCUUUGCAGCAACACUUGUGUGUUAUGCAGCUGACACGGUUGCUUGGCCUCUUCCACACCAUGGACACGGCUCAAAAGCUAGCAGCGGUCCAGGACUUGAUGCUGCGUUAUCGGCACGGACUGGAUUUUGGAAAAUCCUGUUUGAAAACAGAGUUACAGUUUUCAGAUUACUAUUGCCUGCUUGCCGUUCAUUUGCUCCUUGACAUCUGGCUAGAGGCAGGUGAUGAAUCGGCCAUCUGGCAGAGCCUGACCUUGCUGGAAGAAGGGCUGACGUCCAGUCCGUCCAACGCCCAGUUCAAACUGCUGCUCAUCCGAAUCUAUUGCCUGCUCGGGGCCUUUGAGCCAGUGGUGGAGCUCUACUCCAGCCUCGACGCCAAGCACAUUCAGCACGAUACCAUCGGAUACCUGCUGACCCGCUAUGCCACAGCUUUUGGCCAUUAUGCUGCUGCAUCCCAAUCCUGCAACUUUGCACUCAGGUUUUUCCACUCCAACCAGAAAGAUACCUCAGAAUACAUCAUUCAGGCCUAUAAAUACGGUGCAUUUGAGAAGAUCCCGGAAUUCAUUGCUUUCAGGAACAGACUAAACUCCUCACUUCAUUUUGCACAAGUCCGCACAGAACGGAUGUUGCUGGACCUUCUGCUGGAAGCAAAUAUAUCAAGUUUGGAAGAAAGUAUUAAAUCCAUGAGCCUCAGUCCAGAAGAGGAUGACAUUUCCUGGAAUGACCUGCGAGAUAAUAGAGACCUCACCGUCUUAUUUAAUUGGGACCCGAAGGACAAGAGUAUUUCUGAAGAGCACAGAAAACUCUCCUUGAAGGAAGAGACCAUCUGGUUACAGAUUCGGUCCCUGACGUUACGGUUAAUAAGCGGGCUGCCGGCUCUUGGCCACAGCAGCCAGCCAAAGAACUCAGAAAAAGGCACAGAGAACGGGGUUUCCUCCAAGAUAGACACAGUGCGGUCUCUCCUGCGGCAGCUGGAUGAUGCAGUGGGAUCUGGGAAGUGGUUCCUGGAGCAGAACGUUCAGUACCCGGUCCUUGGUCCCCCUUCUUCACGGAUGGCCAGCUUCUUUGACAGCGGGAGCUGUCAGUCCCAGACCAGCUUGUUUUAUCUUGUUAGUGAAAUUUAUGAACUAGAUACCAAUGGCUUAGAAGAUUCAACAGCAAUCCAAGAGCGAAUAGGGAAUUGUUUGAAAUCAUUGCUGCAGCAACUAACAGAUCAGGUCAAUAAAUGCAAAGGUGAUUUGCUGGAAGUCAGGGAGGGCAGCUUCAAAACCCAUCCAAACCUUUUAGAAAAUCUAGUCUUCUUUGCGGAGACCAUCUCCAUCGUCUUGUGGGUCUGCAGUUACUCAGACGCCGUCCUUCGGCCCUGGAAAUCAAGCUUGCAGAAGAAGAAGAAGAAGAAAAAGGAAAGCACUGUGCAAAUGCCGCCUGUGUUCACCAGCUUCCAAGAUUAUGUUUCUGGACUCCAGACCCUCACCUCCAAUGUGAUAGAUCAUAUCAAAGGGCUUGAAGUCAGCUUAACUGCACUUAAACUUGAAGAGCUGUACAUAGAUGAUAAUUUACUCUUGCAGGAAGAAAAAAAGUUUACAAAGACUGCGCUAGGGAAAGUCCAGAAUAGUUACCAGCACGCAGUUCAAGAAAUUGGAGAUCUGCUGAAAAAGAGACUUGAUACCUUGAAAAAUCUAAAGGUUUGAUGAAAUGCCUCCUUUAUGGAGAAGGCCAAGACUGAAGCGUUGGCAUCAGAUAAGCAACAUCCACCGUCCCUUCUGUGUUAAAAUCUGGAACUUCCUCAUAAAUGCAUGAAGGACUUUGAUCACAAACUUUUUUUUAUGUAUUAAAAAGAUAUAUUCAAGCUGAUUAAAUUAUUGUACAUUAAAAAAUGGAAACAGGGACCCUC